ACCACCACCAGCACCACCACCAGCACCGCCGCCAGCACCCUGCCACCUCCUCCGCUACCGCUGCAACCACCACUACCACUCCUGUGCAGGGCCCAAUCACACUGCACAUUGGAGAAGAUGUCUUUAGAGAAGGAGCCGCUGAGCCAGGAGCGGAGUCAGCGCAGCAAUCCUCGCAGGCCGUUGAAGAGAAGAGAGAGGUUGUGGAGAAGAAGAUGAAAGAGGAAGUGAAGGAGGAGGUGAAAGAGGAAAUGGAGAAGGUGGAGAGGGAGUUGGAGAAGACAAAUGAGGAGAUAGCGGUGGAGGACGAAGAGGACGACAAGGAGAUGGAGGAGAAGAUGGCUGUGGAGGAGGAAAAGGAGAAGAUGGUGGUGGAGGAAGAGAUGGUGAUGCAGGAGGUCGAAAAGACGGAGAAAGAGAAGACGGAGGAGACAGAGGAGGCGACGGGGAAGGAGACAGAGGAGGAGACAGAGGAGGAGACAGAGUGGCAGGAGGCGGUGGUAGUGCAGGAACGAAAGGGCCUGGCUCGUGUGGCGAACGCGAUCCGUGCGCUCUUCCGCAGCAUGAUGCUGUUUGGUUGCGGCCGGUCGACCGCACAGUUGGGGUGAUGGAGGUGCCACUGGGACCGCAGCCGGGGAAGGAAACUGAGCAGCAGAUGCCAGGACUGUACUGGACACUGACUGCUGCCAACAGACUAACUCUGUUAAGAGUUAGCAUCAAUCCAAUGCAUUAUGUAAUAAUUAUCAUUGUUGUUUUUAUUAUAAACUUUAUGACAUAAACCUAUGAGGAAACAAUGUAACUUUGCAUUGCUUGUGAGCGCUGCCUGGGUUGGUUCAAUGUGCCUUGGCUCGUGUGCAGUGUCCCGGCUGUGUGUGCGGCGGUACAAUGACAACUAUGUCAUGAGAGAAGUUUCAGGCAAUGGCCCUUCUUCAGAACGUGUACAAGCAGUGGUGGGAAAAGAUCAUCAGGCGAUUCGUCUGACACAUCCACCCCUUCACUGCCCCACUGCCCCUCUGCCAAGCUGCUUCCGCUGUCCUGCUGCCCCUCUGCCCACUGCCCCAUUGCCUCACUGCCCCUCUGCUCCGCUGCCCCACUGCUUUGAUGCCACUCUGCCCUAAUGCCCCGCUGUUCCAUUGCUCCACUUUCCCACUGCCAUCACAUCCAUCACGAAGCAGCGAGACGUCCAUACCACCUCAUUAAAUAUUACCCUGAUGUGCACGCAGAGAGAGAGACCCUCGUUUAGCAUUGCAUACUGGAGGGGGCUGCUGUGAUGCAAUGGCUCGUAAACUUCACUGGCAAUGGAGAGAUUGCUGGUUCCACCUUCUGGCACAGCAGUUGAAACAAAUGGUCGAGUAUCUGAAGUUCCCCUGCCUCUGUCCGCCAAACAGUACAACUGGGUACACCAAAAUCGAGUGGCAAGUUGCGUGUGGUGGGUAAAAGUGUGGGUACUCCUUCCUCUUCAAAAUCAUCUGACGAGUAUGGAAGAAUAGACCAAAAUAUCGUUCAAACGCCUUUCUAGAGGUCUCUAUUGUGUAAAUUCUUCUUGCCAGCAGAGGCAUGAGAAAGCAAU